AUGAAAGCUGAAUGAAAGUCUUUCUUCCACACACGCACACGCACAAGCUAUUUAGCAGAAUAUGGAAGCCGCUUUUAAUGAAAGAUGAUAUUGACGUAAAAGUACAUCUCAAAUCUCAUCCAGGCUUGUUCACUUACAAACCUGGUGGCAGUGGAGGAGCUUGGGGGUGGCCAUGGGACCCCAUUGGCCACCCUACUUGCAAUUGCCAUUUUGGUAAUUUUUUUGACUCGGGCACAAUUUAGUUUUUGUAGAGGUGGAACUGUCUUUGUACAACCACAACACGGGAGACUUAACAUGUGUGCACACCAAGGUCGAUGCACCUCUCCGUCCCGGGUGUCACUGUAUCCACUCCCCUCCAUUUUUGUGUUGUCAAUGAGCGUGUUUACAUGCACAUUCUUACACUGAUUAUGCCUAGUAAGCAUGUGUGUUCAUGUUAACACAAUAUGUCUAAUGGCUUUCAUUUAUCAUUGUAUGGUCAUAAACAGCGGAAAAAUAAAUCUGUCGACACGGCUAGAUUUUUGCCAGUAACGCAAUAUUCGGUGUGCACGCGUGUUGUGCGCAAGACUCUUCAUGGUUUUUCGUCAAAAGCAGAGAAUAACACGAUUAUUUCAAAUCUCGCAUAAAUGCGGAUUUCUUGCUUUUUUGGAUUUUUUAAAUAAUCAGAUUUUUGCGAGUUAUGAACUUACUGGCGUGCAUGUUAACGUUUACAUACACAUUAAUACACCGAUUAUGCUUAAUAAGCUGAUAAUGAUGACUCCAGUAAGGUCUCCUAAGCAACUAAUUGGCCCGGUUGCUAGGGAGGGUAGAGUCACAUGGGGUAACCUCCUCGUGGUCACAAUAAUGUGGUUUUCGCUCUCAGUGGGGCGCAUGGUGAGUUGUGCAGAUGCGACGUAGAAUAGUGUGAAGCCUACACAUGCGCUAGGUCUCUGCGGAAACGCGCUCAACAAGCCACGUGAUAAGAUGCACGGAUUGAUGGUCUUGGACGCAGAGGCAACUGAGAUUUGUCCUCCGACACCGGAUUCACUACACUACCAUGAGGACUUAGAGCACAUUGUGUGACAUUUAGGCUAGUACCCACAUCUCAACCACAUUUAUGUCUGCAGAAUUCAGUGUUCAUCUCGUAAAGUCAAAACAAUUAAAUAUGAUGAUCAACACUGGCGAAGCUGUGGGUAAAUGGAAGGUAAUGGCACGUCAAUCUUUGCCCUCUUCUUUGGACUCCACAUUGCCUGGAAUAUCCCGGGAAGUUUUGUCAGUGUCCAUGGAACCGAAAUAUCAGUGCCAGCAGUGUAAAGAGAUUCUCAGGAAACCUUUUCAAGCUCAGUGCGGACAUCGCUUCUGUGUGUUCUGUUUCAAACAACUCACCAGUUCAGGUCCCACACCCUGUGAAGCCUGCCGUGCUGAGGGUAUAUUUGAAGAGGAACUGUCUAUGCUCAAUAUUACAGUGGCAUUUCCUGACAACGCAGCUCGACGGGAAAUCGAUAACUUGCCCGCUAAGUGCCCAAAUGAAGGAUGUACAUGGACAGGAACAUUAAAAGAGUAUGAGGGUCAGCAUGAAGGUCGCUGUGACUUUGAACGUGUCAAUUGUGAAGCAUGUCAAGCUGUUAUCUUGCUUAGCGAGAAAGACCGUCAUAAUGAGCGGGAAUGUGAGGCCAGAACCCUCAAUUGCAAGUACUGCAAGGUCACGUUCAACUUCAAGGAUAUUAAGGCCCACGAUGAAAUUUGUCAGAAAUUUCCUAUGCAAUGCAAAGACUGUGGCAAAAAGAAGAUCCCACGUGAGAAGUUUCAAGAACACAGCAAGUCGUGUGCAAAGUCCAAGUCGGCAUGUCAGUUUAGUGAGAUUGGCUGCAGGGCUGUGACUGACAAUGGUAAGCAGCAGGAGCAUGAACAGGCCAGUGUGAUGGAUCAUUUGCGUCUCAUGUUGGGCGCACUCUCCUCUGUGCGCAUGCGUGCCGAGGGGGCUGGAGAGUGGCAGGAAGAUUCGGGGCUGGGACUGUACCGUGGACCUGAAGACGCUCCACCUGCAGGGGCUCAUGCAGCCGCACAUAAUGCAGCAAGAGGAGGCGAUCCUGGUGUUCAGCAGAAAGUCACAGCAUUGGAGAAUAUAGUUUGUGUGUUGAAUCGAGAGGUGGAGCGUUCAGCUCUCACCUUGGAGGCAUUGUCUCGACAACAUCGCCUGGACCAGGAGAAGAUAGAGAACUUAUCAAACAAGGUGCGACAGCUGGAACGGACUUUAACCAUGCGAGAUCUGCAGUUAGCAGAGUCCGAGCAGUCUUUGCAGGAGCUGCAGUUUUGCACUUACGAUGGAGUUUUCAUAUGGAAAAUAGCAGACUUCUCUCGCCGCAGACAAGAUGCAGUGGGCGGCCGAGCUCCAGCUAUGUUCUCGCCUGCAUUCUUCUCCAGUAAAUAUGGUUAUAAGAUGUGUCUGAGACUCUAUCUGAAUGGUGACGGCACAGGCAGGGGCACACACCUCUCGCUGUUCUUUGUGGUCAUGAGGGGCAAAUAUGAUGCGCUGUUGAAAUGGCCCUUCAGCCAGAAGGUGACAUUGAUGCUUUUGGAUCAGAACAACAGAGAGCACAUCAUUGAUGCCUUCAGACCUGAUGUGAGCUCCACCUCCUUCCAGAGACCCAUCAGUGAGAUGAAUAUUGCCAGCGGCUGCCCGCUCUUCUGCCCACUUGCCAAGCUGGCAGGCAAAAGCUCCUACCUGAGAGAUGAUACUAUAUUUAUUAAAGCCAUAGUGGAUCUCACUGGAUUAUAAAACAUAACACAGCUGCGGAAGCCUAAUGUUUUACAAAUAUUAAAUAGCAUAUAUUAUUAAUAAUAAAUGUAAAAGGAUAUGAAUACAAUAUUUAUUAUUUAUAAAGUACGCAGGCAUUGUUGAACUAUUUUUAUAUGACACAUAAUAAUAAUAAUAAUAAUAAUGCCAAAUAUGUUCAUUAUAAUUCAUAUUUCUAAUACACAUAAUACCUUUUAACAAUAACUCUUUAAUAAUACAUAACUAUGCAUAUAUCUAUCUAUCUAUAUAUAUAUAUAUAUAUAUUAUACAAUAUUUUAAUGUCUUGUGUGCAGCAUGAGCAUUUAUGUGGCAUUAAUUGAUACAUUUCUUGAGUUAUGUUUAAGCAGAAUAGGAUGGAUUUCCACACAUCAUGACCAGCUAGUGCUUUAAUUCACAGCAGGAACACCCCAGUUCUGAGCAUCACCUGAGUCUGUGACAGGUUCUUUUUAUUUGGGCUUGGGAAUUAAAUGGCUUCAAAGAUGAAAUGUUGUAGAUGUUUAAUCUGCUUCAAACCCUUAUAAAAGAGACUGGCAUGCCAUUGUAACAAAGCAUGGCAUGGGGCAGAUGAAUAACCUUUCCAUCAUUUAUUAUUUUAGACAUUCACUUAGUUAUGCAGUUGGGACUUUUUAUGUUCCUUUUAGCUCUAUACAUAUUUUAAUGCAACUUUUAAUGUUACUUUUAGAUCUAUACAUAUAUUAAUUUUGCAUUUAUUUAGUUUAUCAUUUAUUUAGCUAUUCACUAGCUAUAAUCAAUCAAUAAAGUGACAUUUCUAUAGAUAUUUACAUUUUCCUUUUAUCUUUCAGGGGUAGAAGUAACUAUAAUAGCAAAUAAUCAAGCAUAUUAACUUCAUAUUAUGUGCAUACAACAUAUAUAGUGUA